AUGGUCCCUCCUCUUGCAGGUACCGGAGAACGGCGUACGCCCCUCCUCUUCAGGUGCGUCCAGUGUGCCCUGGUGUUCGUCUCCGAGGAGCUCCUCGGUGACCACCAGAGGUCCAGGAGGCACUACAGGUCGGGAAAGCACCGGUGCCGCUUCUGCGGCUUCACCAGCGACCACGCGGGCAGUGUCAGGAGACACGAGGUGACCCACACGGGCAAGAAGCCCUUCGAGUGCCGGGUCUGCUCCAGGGCCUUCACGCGCAAGACGGGCCUGGAGAAGCACGUGAGCGCGGUUCACGAGGGAAAGAGGGCGCACAGGUGCGCCACCUGCGGGGACACCUUCCAGCAGAAGCACCACCUGAGAGACCACGAGAGGGUGCACUCCGACGACAGGCCCUACGGCUGCGACGGGUGCGGGACGAGGUUCAAGCUUAGGCGUUGCCUCCUGAAGCACGCGCGCUUGCACGCGGCUUCAUCGUGCGGAGGUCUGCGUCACCCGGAGACGCCCGGGUCCGGGUAG